CUCUCGGCGGAAAGGCCGCUCGGCAAGGGAAGGAGCGACAGCGCUUCAUGAUGCGCUGCCUGAGUACACCCACGCUGCUUCGGGCUCUGGCCCAGGCUGCACGAGCAGGGCAACCCGCUGGCCGGAGCCUCCACGGCAGCACUGUGGUAGCAACCUACAAGUUCGUGAACAUGCAGGAACCCUCAAUGGACAUGAAGGCGGUGACCGACAGGGCGGCUCAGACCCUGCUGUGGACUGAGCUCAUCCGAGGCCUGGGCAUGACCCUGAGCUACCUGUUCCGGGAGCCUGCCACCAUCAACUACCCGUUCGAGAAGGGCCCACUGAGCCCUCGCUUUCGGGGAGAGCACGCGCUGCGCCGCUAUCCGUCGGGAGAGGAGCGCUGCAUUGCCUGUAAGCUUUGUGAAGCUGUCUGCCCCGCCCAGGCCAUCACCAUCGAGGCUGAGCCGCGGGCCGAUGGCAGCCGCCGGACCACGCGCUAUGACAUCGACAUGACCAAGUGUAUCUAUUGCGGCUUCUGCCAGGAGGCCUGCCCCGUGGACGCCAUCGUGGAGGGCCCCAACUUCGAGUUCUCCACUGAGACGCACGAGGAGCUCCUGUACAACAAGGAGAAGCUGCUGAGCAACGGGGACAAGUGGGAGGCCGAGAUUGCCGCCAACAUCCAGGCCGACUACCUCUACCGCUGAUGCCCCCCACCGCCCAGCUGGCCUGCAGCCCCCGCCACCCAAUAAAAGAGUUCUGCCCUCCUG